UUAAUAGACGAUAGGUCAUACCAUAGAUAACAUAGCCAGUUUGGACCUUGUCUUAUAUAGAUUAAAGUCAGGAACAAAUUAUGCAGGGAUUUGUUUCAUUCCGUAGUGUUCUAGUUACGAUUUCAUUAUUCAUAUCCUCUUCAAGGACUUUAACCCCUAUCCCCGUGUCAAACUGUGCAGAUAAGAUAAACAACUGUGCAAACUACGGGAAAUCGUCCUGUGUUCCCCCUUACGAGGAGUGGGCGAGAGAUAACUGUGCUCAAUACUGUGGAAUAUGUGGGGGCCCUACCACCCCUACCCCCUGUGUUGACGUACGAGAUGACUGCGUGACUUAUGGGAAGACUAUCUGUCAGAAUGUGAAGUACGCUCCCUGGGUAUUGGACAACUGCCGCUACUACUGCAGACAGUGCUCGGAUCCUGAACUAGCAAUUGCAGAUGCGAAGACAACAACAACGCCCCCUCCUCCUUGUGUUAACAAACUGACUAACUGUGAACGAUACGGGAAAGAUGUCUGUAAUAACCCAGUGUACGCUCCCUGGGCAAAAGACAACUGUCGCUAUUUCUGUAGGCAGUGUACACGGGAGCAGUUGGACAUUGCAGACUCAAAAACGACUACCACCACUGUUCGCCCCACCCCAGCAUUGGCCUGUGUCGAUAUUUUACCUCAUUGUGAUGUAUAUGGUGAGAGUGUUUGCAGAAGUGCUGAUUCCCAAGCCUGGGCACAGAUAAACUGUCGUGCUUAUUGCAAGAUCUGUACGCCAUCUGCGAGUGCCAAACAAACAGAUGGAUUCCAGAUGCCAAUGGUUCCAGCAGGAUAAAGAGGAGUAGAAUGAUCAAGAUGGCAACUCACACAAUUAAAACCUGUGUUUAUAAACAAAUUGUUUUUGACAAACUUGAAUUUGCUUUAUUGUAACAAUCCCCCCCCCCCCA